CUCCAAACAUGGCAGGCCGUAGUGGUUUUGACGAUGGUAAUCCCAGGGACUUUGGUGGUGGCGGCAGGCGGACUGUCGGGGGCCGCCCGCUCCCUUCAGAGCCCCCGUACAAAGCUUACGUGGGAAAUUUACCCUCUGGUCUCAUACAAGGCGAUAUCAACAGAAUCUUCCCUGAUUUAUCAAUAAAAAGUGUUAGAUUGGUAAUGGAUAAAGAAACAGAUAAAUUCAAAGGAUUCUGUUAUGUUGAGUUUGAGUACCUCGAGGAUCUCAUCAGAGCAAUUGAAAUGAGUGGAGUUCUGAAUGUAGACGGUAACUUUAUAAAAAUUGAUGUUGCUGAAGAAAAGAGAAAUGAUAGAGGGGGCGGCUUCGACCGAGGGCGGCGGGACGGCGGGCGCGACGGGCGAGACGGGCGCGAGGGAGGCCGCGGUGGCGGUGGCGGUGGCGGCGGCUUCCGGCGCGACGGCGGUGGCCGCGAGCGCGAGCGGGGUGGAGGCGGUGGCGGCGGCGAGAGGUGGGCCGAGGGCGGACGGGGGUCGCGCGGUGGGUCCGAGGAGCCGCGCGCCGGGGACUGGGGCCGCCGUGCCGGACCCGGGCCAGGCCCCGCGCCCGCGCCGCAGCGCCCGCCCCGGCGCAACUUCGAUGACAUGCCGCCCUCGCGUCCAGAUACUACAGGCAGACCAAAGCUGAAGUUGGAGCCGCGGACAGUGAAAGAGCCGGUGAACUCGCUGGCGUCGACCAGCCAGGCCUCCUCCAUAUUCGGCGGCGCGCGGCCGCGGGAGGAACGGCUAAAGGAGCUCGCCGGCGAAUAAACGCCCCCCCUCCAUCCGUGUGUACUGUACGUGUCCUGACGCCCAACUGAUCCCUUUGUGUGCCCCGAUAUUUAAAUCUAUGUGAACACUAAAAUUGUAUAUGAACUCGAAGGAUUUUGUUAGGUUAUGAGGUUGUAAAUCAUUUUUAUCAUAUAUUUUGUUAGCAUUAUUGUGUCGAUGAGCUUAUUAUUGUUUAGGCGCGGCGGCCGCUGCUCGUACAGUGAGCGCCGGCCGCCCGCGCGACGCUUCCGUGCAGCAGUUUAAGGUUCAAAUUGAUAGUUUUUUUUCGUCGUUCGUUCCGUUUUUAAAUUCUGUCAGAGCUUAAUGUGUGUUCGAUAUCUUGGCUUGCAUAAUAAUUUUUAUUGGAUCAAUAAUUUUACGUUCGCAGUUUUUGCGUAUACAUGCUCACGUGUAUAGCGAAAUGAUUACUGUUUAUUUUUAUUAACUAUCUAUAUAGUAUAGAUAACUAGAGCUUCGUCACUGAUUCUCUGUUGUAAUUGUUUAUCAUUAUUUGAUUGUUUAGUUUUAUAGGUCGUGAAAAUUAAUCAUUGAUUGAGUAAUUAUGAUACAUAAUUUAAGAGUUGAUAAUAUGGUGAUGUAAUUACGGUGUCAUUAAUAAAAUUUACUUCCACGUACUUGGAUUUCUACUUUAUUAGAUAUUGUGUAAUGUAAUAAGUUACGUGGCAAGAAAUAAAAAAAAAACGCAAAAUUGUAACAGAACAUAGCAAAAAAAUAAAAUAAAAAGUGAACUCUUUAUAACUAGGGGUUUGUUUAUAUCCAAGCCCUCCUUUAUAUCCCGCUCCAUUUGUUUACUUUGUAUCUCCAAACUCAGCGACUUUUGAUUGAAACACUUCUUACAGUAAAUUAUUAAACAAUCUUUUUGGUGUUAAAAAAAUGUGUAUUGUGAUAACAAAGAAUCUAAAUUUUUGUGUUCAUAACUACUAGCUCCGUCUAGCGACAUGACGUGAAAAUUGAAGGAUGUCAAUCACACAUCAUAAGUUAUAGUAGGGGAGUCCCCGACGCUAAAUAAGGGUAAGCAAAAGCGCUCGAGCGUAAUUAAAAGUGCAAUCUCUCUCGUCUCAAAUAACGUUAACCAUUAAUCAGCUGGUUUGCAUGGUGGGGGUGGUUGUUGAAGUUAUGGCAAUAAUUAUUGGCACAUCACGCUUCUUACUUGGUAAUACGAAAGUCAAGUUCGGGUAAAUGCCCGACUUGUAUUCAGUCGGGCACGCUCUUUCGUCGCGGCUACACGUCGCUACAACGUGUAUUUUUUUUAUAUUUCUAAAAACCUCAAUUUUGGGCUCUAUUAAACAUGGUAUGUAUAAUAAAGACCGUGCCGUUUUUAAGUCGUUUGGUGGAAAAGUAAUCAUUUAAGUUCUCAAAAAUGUAUGAAUAUCUGACAC